ACGGGUGGAAAUGGAGGAGGGAAGGAGGCCCGGGAGCGCGCGAGGCCUCACGUGCGCGCUCCCGCCCCCCAGCCCGCCGGCCAGCCCACGCGCCCACGCACCCAAGCGCCCACGCACCCGCCCGCACUCCCGGGAAGUCUCGCGAUGCUUUAGCAGGCUGCUCCCGCUGCGGGUGGCUUAGGCUUGUUGCUGUGGUUGCCUGAGUUGCUGCUGCUACGGCGGCGGCGGCGGCAGAGGUGUCGGCCCUUGGGCGGAUGUUGACAUUGUGCUGUUAUUGCUGACGGUAAUGGCGGCGGCGGCGAUAGCCGGAGCAGCAUCUCCUGUGUAGCCGGAGCCGAGACAGCCAAGAGGGGACUCUGCGGCCUCCGAGCCCACGGCAGCGACUCCGCUCAGUCUGCGCCGCCGCGCCAGCCCGUAUCCCGGCCCCAGGCCCUGGAGUCAGGUCCCGGUGGGCAGGGGGCCUCGGAGGCACAGGAUGGCGGAUUUCGACGAGAUCUAUGAGGAAGAGGAGGACGAGGAGCGGGCCCUGGAAGAGCAGCUGCUCAAGUACUCGCCGGACCCGGUGGUGGUCCGCGGCUCCGGUCACGUCACCGUAUUUGGACUGAGCAACAAAUUUGAAUCAGAAUUCCCUUCUUCAUUAACUGGAAAAGUAGCUCCUGAAGAGUUUAAAGCCAGCAUCAACAGAGUUAACAGUUGUCUUAAGAAGAACCUUCCCGUUAAUGUACGUUGGCUGCUUUGUGGCUGCCUUUGUUGCUGCUGCACGUUAGGUUGCAGUAUGUGGCCAGUUAUUUGCCUCAGUAAAAGAACACGAAGAUCGAUUGAGAAGUUAUUAGAAUGGGAAAACAAUAGGUUAUACCACAAGCUGUGCCUGCACUGGAGACUGAGCAAAAGGAAAUGUGAAACGAAUAACAUGAUGGAAUAUGUCAUCCUUAUAGAAUUUUUACCAAAGACACCAAUUUUUCGACCAGAUUAGCAUUUACUUUAUUUAUAGAGACUUUCCAAGUAUGUUGUCUUUCCAAUGGUGCCUUGCUUGGUGCUCUCCUGGUGGUAACAUAACAUUGGUUCUACAGAAAUUGUGUGGUGUUUUUUUAUUUCUGUUUUUUUUUUAAUAACCGCAUGUUCUAAGUGUGCAUUUUUGUCAAACUUUGCAACAGUUAUUUCAUAAAGAUGUUUAAUACUUAAGUUAUUGUGCUCUUUACAGUUAUGUAUUCUGAUUUUCAACGACUACUUUUUUGUAUUAUCAAAAAAAUACAUUUGAACUUAGCAUAAAAAGUGGCCAGCCUUUUUUAUUUUGUCACUAAGGUACAUGAAGUCCUUUAUUUAUUAAUUCCUUAUGGAAAAACACCUUUGUAAGGCUCUACUUAUCUAUUCUACCAAGCACACUCUUUGUAUUAUUUUUCUUCCUUUUUAAAUUUAACAUAGUUAUUAUUUUGAAAUAGUAAGUUUUCUUUAAUAGCUUUUUGGAACCUAACAUACCCUUUCUCAUACAAUUCCUAAUGCUCUGUUUACAGCAGAAAUAUCUAACAUGAAGACCUGUCAAAAAGUUUUGAAAGUAUUCUGUCUUCAAAGGUAGUAAGGCAGGAUUAGAUUAUUUUUAAUAGAAUAGGCAAAUCAAUGAAUGGCAUGCAUGUAUCUAAUGGUUACUAGAGCUCAGGAUCACAAAGUAUAGUAGCAUUACAAUAUGUGUAUAUUUUUGAUUAAGAUGACAUUAAUAAUGGCCUUAUUUGGGUUAUUUUUUAUCAUUUAUCAAAUCUUAUAUACAAAAGUAUGAAGAUUCUCCUUUUAAAAAUUUCUAAGGAAAAUAUUUCUCCCAAUUUAACAAUUGUAGAAUGGAUAUAUGUUUCUGAAAAGUUUUUGAAAGAAAGCAAAAGUUCUAGAAUUAAAAAUAAGCUGGUGUUUAAUUUCCCAUUGAUAUUUAGAACAGAUUAUUACUAAGAAAUGGAGGACAUAUAUAAUUUUCACUCACUAGUUUGCUUUCAGUUAUGUAUACUUUUUAAAUUGAGAGUGUGACAUAUAAGUUUGAACCACAUCAGCUUGUUUCUUUUAAAUAUAUACAAACAUGCAUUUUUUUUCUCCUUUUGGUUGUACAUAUCUUCAUUUUAAAACUUUCUGAACCUCUGAAUGACCUAUAUGUAAAUUUUUGUUUUUAUAAACCUGAAGUUAUACUUUUAAUGUGUGUCAAGAACUUGUUCCAUACAACUGUGGUAUCAAGCAAUAAUGUGAAUAACUUUUGAAAUUAUAUAAACUAUGCUUAAUAAUUUGUAUUAAGAAUUGGUACCACUAUAUAAUACCUUUUUUCCUUGUAUUAAAUCUUUUAAAUACCAGUUUCAUUAACUUAUAUACCUGUAUUUUUUUUUAAGUAUUUCUUUGCACUUCUCUAAAGUACUGUGAUUCUGUAUAAAUUUGAACAGUUAAAUGUCCUAUAUGGGACAUUAGAAAUUAUCUUAAAAACUAGGAUUUGGGGGGGGGAGGUGUCUGAGAAUUAUUUGUUUCCAUUGCCCACCAAAACGCUCAUCAUGAAUUUAUAAAAUAACUUCUCCAAUGAAAAGCGCAAAGGUCAAAGAAUUCAAAUUUACCUUGUAUAUAGGGUGUGUCCUACUACCUUAAAGUAGUGCAAUUAAAUGGUAAUGUUAUUCAAAAA